AUGGUGCUCCUCGAGAACGAUCGGUUUCUCACGGAGCUGACCAAGAUGUACGAGCGGAACAGGGAAUCCGGCUCCGUGUGGGUGACGAUCAAGCGCUCGAUGCUCAAGCGGCUUCCCAAGCGAAACCAGCUCCCUCCGCCCGAGCGGGUGUUCACAGAUCCCGAGUGGGUCCGGCUGGUGCGGGCGUCGGACGGGAAGAAGAAGAUCAGCACCACGGUGGAUACCAAGGCGGCCGAGAAGUUCUCUAGAUCCCUGUCGUUGGUGCAGAUGGCGAGCAUGGACGGGCUGCAGGAGAUCAAGAAGCCGUCGAAGAAGGAGCGAGCCAAGGGUUCCACCAAGAAGGCUUGA